UGAUCGUGCAGGACUCGUGAAGACUCGUGAGCUCUGCACCCUAUAGCCUGGCCCUCACAUAUACAGACCACAUAUGCUCCUUUCUUGAUCCAUGGUCUCUAGAUGUUCUCAUCUACCACAAGAAUUGGACAUUCUCGUUUGUCUAGGUGGUUUCACACUGUCAGGGCCUUGGAAAGUCAGACCCUCAGGCAACGGGAUAGUGUGCCGCGACCCUCUGCCAGGCCCCUCACAGCUUUCAAGUACAAGGAGGAAAAGGUUGUCAAAGCGCAAACGAAAGAUGACGCGCAGAAGCUCAGGCAUGUCAAAAGAAACGCCGCAGGCGUUCAAAUGCUGUCGCGGUCCUUGCACGAACAGAUAUUUAAAAACUGCACAUUUCCUUCACCCCCGAAGACGUACACAAAUAUAUCCCUUGAGCACCUUAAGACGCAUGGCUUGGAUCCGACCCAGUCCUCGACAUUACCCUCUACAGACUUUAUCUUGCCUCCUUUACAAGGAAAUAAUCUCCUCGAACACUUUCACCGUAUCGGAGUGUCUUCUUCUCAGCCGUAUAUUUCAUUUGCCAAACAGUUCGCUGAGGCAGAGCUCCCACCUAUUCCAGACGAUUGGCAGCUACAGGCCGGAUGGACUAAGUACCAUCAUAGCUCAGAUGGGUCUGGGUACUGUGAACACGUCGCUUUCCCCUCGCACGAUGGUAAAUCAGAAAUCAUGCUCGCUUUUGACGUCGAGACAAUGCCGAAAUACCAUCAAUAUCCUAUCUUAGCAUGCGCUGCUUCCCCCAACGCCUGGUAUGUUUGGAUAUCCCCUUGGAUCCUCGAUUCUUCGUCCAACUCCCCAGAGCAUCUCAUUCCUCUUGGUCCUCCAGAUGUUUCACGUCUAGUCGUCGGGCACAAUGUCUCGUACGAUCGUGCUCGAAUUCAGGAAGAGUAUCAUCUUGCUGGAACCAAAAAUCGCUUUUUGGAUACCAUGUCGCUCCACGUCGCCAUCAAGGGUAUUUCAUCUCAUCAACGGCCUGCAUGGGCCAAAUAUCGGAAAGAAAAGCAAGAUGCGAUUGAAUCUAGAGAUGAAGCAAUAGAGGCUGUGAUACAUCUUCUCCAUGACGUUGAGCAGCAACUUAAGGGUCUGCGUGAGGCAGUUGCAUCUGGCCUUGUAGAUGACAGAGGAGAAGUCCAAAAGUUGGUCGAUCUGCAGAGUAAUUUGGAGGAAUCUCUUUCUGGCCUCAAAAUUACUCAGUCAGCGUCAUCCGAUACCAACCAACCAGAUCCAUUGUUGACCGACGCAGACUUAGAUGAUGAACCUUCCAUUGAAACGAGCCAAAAACGUUGGGAAGAUAUCACGUCCGGAAAUAGCCUCGUUGACGUUGCUAAACUUCAUUGUGAUAUCGAUAUCUCGAAGGAAAUUCGAAACGAUUUCAUGACAGCCACUCCUCUAGAGAUACUAGAAAGUAUCAACGACUAUAUUUCUUAUUGCGCAACGGAUGUGGGCACUACGCAUGCUGUCUAUAAGAAAGUACUUCCUGGAUUCCUUCAAGCAUGUCCCCAUCCAGUCAGUUUUGCGGGCGUAGCGACCAUGGGUAGUGGAUUUUUGCCUGUCAAUGAACAAUGGGAAGCAUACAUUGAUAGAGCAGAGCGAGUCUGGCAAAAUCUGGAGGGAAAAGUUCGUACCGGUCUUGAGAAUUUGGCAAGAGCCGCAAUUGCGGAGUACAAAGUUACUUCUCCCGAUGCUCCAGUCGUCGGUCCAUGGCAGGACGAUGUGUGGCUGAACCAGAUGGAUUGGACACCGAAAGUCGCCAGCAAAACUAGAGGUGUAUAUCCUCCUGGUGAACAACCAAUAACCUCUGACUCACUAGUUGACUCAUCAGAGCUUGCUACCCCAACAAACACUCCGACAAACACACUACCAUCCUGGUACGCCAUGCUACUCGCUGAUCCGUUUUCCAAGAAGUGUAUAGAACGCAUACUUCCGCUGCUCCUUGAACUCUCAUUUGACGAUCACCCAUUGCGCUUCACGACGAAAGACAAAUGGCACUACUGCCCCUCGGAGGACGCCUCAAAAAUUACUUUACUUCCAACCGCUUUGAAGAAAGGACUGAAGACUGGAACUGUUCUAACUCGCUCACAUUCUCUUCCUUUACUCCAGGAUGGUAGUAUGACUUCCUGCGAUGUCGAUCUUGCUCUGAAACUCAGUCGGGGUGACAAAGGAGAUGAAGUCAAGCAUGGGGUAUUGCGCCUCGCUGAACAUGCAUAUCGGAAAGAUCGAGCUGCGACGAUACAUACCUCUUGGCUUAGCCAGCUCGAUUGGUCGCCUGUCGAAAUCAAUAACGACGGUGUACCUAAAACUAAGCUGAAAAAGCCGAAGGUUCAAAAAGCACCACCUGUAUAUUGGCCAAAAUGGUAUUGGGACCUCACUAAACCGAAGAAGGGUAUGCCGCCAGGUGCUUUGGACAUCACAACGCGAAAUCGAUACGCCCCUCUUCUUUUAAAGAUGUCCUGGCAAGGAUUUCCUCUUGUUUUCUCGCGCGAGCAUGGGUGGAUAUUCCGUGUCCCCUUGUCGCCAUCAUCGGCUGACCCUCCGAUAGACUCUGCCAUCAGAGAAAGACUGCAACGCUCCUCUCCACUCAGUUUCUAUCAUUCAGACGACGAGCAUCUUGCCAAUGCAGCAAGUUACGUAUUCUACAAACUUCCGCAUAAGGACGGGGAGUCGGCAAACGUCGGCAGCCCCCUCGCGAAAUCCUUUCUUAGGUUUGCUAUGGAUGGCGUUCUCAAAAGUAGUGCUGGAGAUGAACUGAAGGAACUGGUAGACGUGGGUGUAAAAUGUAGCUACUGGAUCAGUGCGCGAGAUAGGAUCUUGAACCAGAUGGUAAAGUGGGAUGAAAAGUCCUCCGACAUGGGAUUCCCUGAUAUCGCGACAACUCAAUCUCCAGAGGAAUUCAAAAGUCAGCAGAAGGAGUUGGCAGAAGUGGCUGCGGCACUGGGAGAAGAAUUUGUAGAGACGCCUCGAGCGAAAAAGUGGGGCAUUAUUGUUCCUCAAGUUAUCACUAUGGGCACCGUCACCCGUCGAGCAAUUGAGAGAACCUGGCUCACUGCUAGCAACGCAAAGAAGAAUCGAGUAGGCUCCGAGUUAAAAGCCAUGGUCCGUGCACCUCCGGGUUAUGCCAUCGUCGGUGCAGAUGUGGACUCUGAAGAGUUAUGGAUAUCGAGUUGCAUGGGUGAUGCCCAGUUCGGAAUGCAUGGUGCUACUGCGAUCGGCUGGAUGACGCUCGAGGGCACGAAAUCUGCCGGGACCGAUUUGCAUUCUAAAACAGCCAGCAUUCUCGGUAUCUCGAGAGACCAGGCUAAAGUUUUCAAUUAUUCUCGUAUCUACGGUGCAGGCAUGCGACAUGCGAUGCUCUUGUUGCAACAAGGAAACUCCAAUAUGAGCCAAGAGGAAGCACAGAAACUGGCCGAAAAUCUAUAUGCAUCUACGAAAGGAAAGAAUACACACAGAAGCGACCUCUUUGGCAAAAAAUUCUGGUAUGGAGGAACCGAGAGCUAUCUCUUCAAUAAGCUUGAAGAGAUUGCUCUCUCAGACAAACCCCAGACUCCCGCGCUGGGCUGUGGUGUAACGCAUGCGUUGCAAAAAGAUUGCUUGCCCGCUGGUUUUGGUUCUGAUUACAUGCCCUCUCGCAUCAACUGGGUCGUACAAUCCUCUGGCGUCGAUUAUCUCCACCUCCUUAUUGUCUCUAUGGACUAUCUUAUUCAGAAAUACGAUAUCGGUGCUCGAUAUCUUAUCUCCGUCCAUGACGAAUUGAGAUAUCUUGUGAAAGAAGAGGACAGAUUUAGGGCAGCCCUCGCGUUACAAAUCGCUAACCUGUGGACUCGAUCUAUGUUUGCAUACAAGCUUGGACUGGAUGAUUUACCACAGGGUGUGGCUUUCUUCUCUGCUGUCGACGUAGACGGAGUUCUCCGGAAAGAAGUCGACAUGACUUGUGUCACUCCUUCGCAGCCGAUACCUAUUCCUCCAGGGGAAAGCCUAGACAUCGGGGAUGUGCUAACACGGACUAAUGGAGGCUCGUUAUGGGCAGACGGAAAGCCCAUGGAAUCUAGUAGCGCAGAGACAACCCUUGAAGGAAGCUUAGAUGGGUAUGUUGAAGCACAGUGUCUCACGCAUCGAGCAGACAAUGCCGCGUUCCUUCGCGCUCAAGCGACUUCCGAUUUGGGUGAAGUGAAACAUCUUGCAAAGCAGUUUCAAGGGAAGACAUUCGAGGCGAAGCUUAAGUCUGUCCCCGCAGGGAAUAGAAACAGGGCAUCGAAGCACAGAAAAUCAGUACCUGUUGGGGACGGAGAAGGCGUAGACUGGUCUGAAAUUGUGGAACGUCUCUUGCGCUCUGGGCGCGAAUUAGUUCAGUAACGUAUGGUUGGAGAUUUUCUUGCAGUAAUUAACUUAUGUAUAUUCAUCUAUUCUAACUGUAUUGUAUCAUACAUAGUGCCCUGGCUUUCAUUGUACGUUGACGGACCGUUCUCACUAAUAGACUGGGUGUGUUGGUCUAAGAUGAACUAGCU